ACAAAACCCAAACCAUUUCCACUCAACCACCUCCUCAAGCAUCGCUGCAAAUCUAGGAAUGAGAUAAGUCUCAGGGUACAAAGGGCUUGAGCACCAGACAGAGAGACUUGGAAGCCAAGAAAGAAUUCUUCUCCACCUCACAACAUUCUGCUGGAUCAUGAAUAGUUCAAAUAUGUCACACCAGAAUGAAACCAGGGCAAUGGGACCUCUACCAGGAGCAACCUUAGGCCAGGUUGUCCUCUCACUCGCCUUCAUUCUGGGUGUCCCUGGCAAUGCCUUUGUCGUCUGGAGUGCGGGCUGCCUUGUCCGCAAGCGCACAGUCACUUGCCUCCUCAUCCUCCACUUGGCCAUAGCUGACUUGGUGGUGUUGCUCCUGGCACCCAUCUUCCUCCGGUUUCUAAGUGCUGGGAAAUGGGAACUGGGUGAUGGUAUUUGCAAGGCUUGCUAUUACAUCUGUGGGGUGUGCAUGUAUGCCAGCGUUUACCUCAUCGCUCUCAUGAGCCUUGACCGCUGCUUGGCUGUCUCCUGGCCCUUCGUCUCCCAGAAGAUCCGCACGAGAAGUACCAUACGUCUUUUGGUUUCCAUCAUCUGGGUGAUUGGUGCUCUCUUAGCCAUUCCUGUACUUGUCUACCGGAUGGAGGUCAGUAAAUACAGACGGAGCUUUUGUGUACUCAACCACCCUCCACCCAGAUCCAAGCAUUUGGUUUUCCACAACCUCUUUGAAACUAUCACUGGGUUUGUUUUGCCUUUUAUUGCCAUACUUUACAGCUAUGGGACCAUAAGCCGAAAGCUGAAGGAGACACGUUUCCGCCAAAAGCGCCGGACAAGCCGCCUCAUCAGCCUCAUUGUGGUAGCUUUUGCUCUGUUUUGGUUCCCUUACCAUGUGGUCAACCUGUUGGAUGUGGCAGCUGUGUGGAGUGGUUCUGAAAAGGUGAAAAAUGCAGGGAUGAUGGCUAGACCUACUUUGAUUGCCUUUGCCUUCUUCAGCAGUAGCGUCAACCCCAUCCUUUAUGCUUUCAGCGGUGGCUCCUUUAUCCGGUCAGCUGGCUUGGGUUUCAUGGCCAAACUCUUUGAAGGGACAGCUUCAGAAAUGUCCAGCAUCAAACAUGGCACUAUAUAUGACAGUCAACAUCAUGGAAGUUCCAAGACCAAACCUUUGAAACAGAAGAGUCAUGAGUCUCUGACUAUGUCUACUAACCCAACAAGUGGUGGAUUAUCUCAAGAAGGUGAAGAUACCUCUAAGCCUCUCAAGUCACCUUGAAAGCCUAUUGAAGAACAAUGUGAUUUGUGUGUGUGUGUACUCACAGUUUCAUUGUCAGAACUCAGGUGAUUUCUGCGAGGUUGAAAUUGCUCUCUCUAUACCUUCUCUUCAUUUAUACAUUACCUUAGACAGGCCAGUUCCAUUUUUCCAGCCAGCCAUGAAGUGCCAUUUCAUUUUUUUUUUUAAAAAACUGAGUUAUGUCUAAUAGAAAAUAGGUCACUAAGCAGAGUCUCAUUGGUUCACCACCCUUGCCAACACAUCUAAGGUUAGAACUGGACUUACAAGUCAUAUUUUGUAAACCAAA